GGUGAAUGUCAUCUCGUGUCCGUCAGCAUUUGCUGUCAAUGGCUUUCAUGAUUUAUUUUAUUUGAAUGUCUGGGCUUUUUACACUUUCGUCCAAAGAAACCAAUAAUGGGUAUUCUAUGGAUUUUAUGGAUAAUACCCACCGUAAUAGCUGUAGAAGAAACACUAAUGGACUCCACCACAGCGACAGCUGAGCUGGGUUGGACAGUCUAUCCCGUGUCAGGGUCCAGUGACAACAGCUGGGAGGAGGUGAGUGGAUACGACGAGAACAUGAACACCAUCCGCACCUAUCAGGUGUGCAACGUGUUCGACAACAACCAGAAUAACUGGGUCCGCACCAAGUACAUCCGGCGCCGGGGUGCACAGCGCAUCCACGUGGAGAUGAAGUUCUCCGUGCGAGACUGCAGCUCCAUCCCCAAUGUGCCCGGCUCCUGUAAAGAGACUUUUAACCUGUACUACUAUGAGUCGGACUCGGACACUGCCAACAAGGUGUCCCCGGCCUGGAUGGAGAACCCCUGGAUCAAGGUGGACACCAUCGCAGCCGACGAGAGCUUCUCCCAGGUGGACCUUGGUGGCCGGGUGAUGAAGAUCAACACAGAGGUGCGGAGCUUUGGCCCCGUGUCCAAACAUGGCUUUUACCUGGCCUUCCAGGACUACGGCGGCUGCAUGUCGCUCAUCGCCGUACGUGUCUUCUACCGGAAGUGUGCCCGCGUCAUCCAGAACGGGGCCGUGUUCCAGGAGACCCUGUCAGGGGCGGAGAGCACCUCUCUAGUGGCAUCACGUGGCGUGUGUAUUCCCAACGGGGAGGAGGUGGACGUGCCCAUCAAGCUCUACUGCAACGGGGAUGGCGAAUGGAUGGUGCCCAUUGGGCGCUGCAUGUGCAAGGCUGGCCACGAGGCUGUAGAGAACGGGACUGUGUGUAGAGCUUGUCCAUCGGCCUUCUUCAAGCCUAUACAGGGUGAUGCAUCCUGCAUGCAGUGUCCAAUCAACAGCCGUACCACCAACGAAGGAGCCACUAACUGUGUGUGCCGCAACGGUUAUUAUCGCACCGACUCAGAUCCCAUCCAGAUGCCCUGCACAACGGUGCCGUCUGCACCUCAGAAUGUUCUGUCCAUCGUGAACGAGACAUCUCUGAUGCUGGAGUGGCAGCCUCCUAGGGAGUCAGGUGGUCGUGAGGACGUGGUCUUCAACAUCAUCUGUAAGAGCUGUGGAGGGGGCCGGGGAGGCUGCACGCGCUGUGGCGACAACGUCCAGUUUGUACCCCGCCAGCUGGGUCUGACUGAGCCCCGGGUCUACAUCAGUGACCUGCUGGCCCACACACAGUACACCUUUGAGGUGCAGGCCGUCAACGGGGUCUCCGACCAGAGCCCCUACUCACCACAGUACUCCUCCGUCAACAUCACAACCAACCAGGCUGCUCCGUCGACAGUGUCCAUCAUGCACCAGAUUAGUCGUACCGUGGACAGCAUCACUCUGUCCUGGUCUCAACCAGACCAGCCCAAUGGAGUCAUCCUGGAUUAUGAACUACAGUACUAUGAGAAGGACCAGACCGAGUACAACUCAACCAUCAUAAAGAGCCAGACCAACACAGUGGUCAUCCGCGGUCUCAAACCAGGGGCAAUCUAUGUGUUCCUGGUUCGCGCCCGGACCGUGGCCGGAUUUGGGCGCUACAGCGGCAAGCUCUACUUCCAAACCAUGACUGAAGAGGAGUACAACACCAGCAUUCAGGAGAAGCUGCCUCUCAUCAUCGGCUCUGCAGCUGCAGGUCUGGUCUUCCUCAUCGCAGUGGUUGUCAUCGUCAUCGUCUGCAACCGGCGUGGCUUUGAGAGGGCAGACUCGGAGUACACAGACAAGCUGCAGCACUACACCAGCGGCCACAUGACUCCAGGAAUGAAGAUAUAUAUUGAUCCGUUUACAUAUGAGGACCCCAACGAGGCAGUGAGGGAGUUUGCUAAGGAGAUUGACACUUCCUAUGUGAAGAUUGAGCAAGUCAUUGGCGCAGGAGAGUUCGGGGAGGUGUGCAGUGGGAACCUGAGGCUCCCAGGAAAGAGGGAGAUGUUUGUGGCCAUCAAGACGCUGAAGUCGGGCUACACGGAGAAGCAGAGGCGGGACUUCCUGUCUGAGGCAUCCAUCAUGGGUCAGUUUGACCACCCCAAUGUGAUCCACCUGGAGGGUGUGGUCACCAAGAGCGCCCCUGUUAUGAUCAUCACUGAGUUCAUGGAGAACGGAUCACUGGACUCCUUCCUCAGACAAAACGACGGCCAGUUCACAGUGAUCCAGUUGGUGGGCAUGCUGCGUGGCAUCGCCUCAGGCAUGAAGUACCUGGCCGACAUGAACUACGUCCACCGCGACUUGGCCGCACGCAACAUCCUGGUCAACAGCAACCUGGUCUGCAAGGUGUCUGACUUCGGCCUGUCCCGAUUCCUGGAGGACGACACGUCAGACCCCACCUACACCAGUGCCCUGGGAGGGAAGAUCCCUAUCCGAUGGACAGCCCCUGAAGCCAUCCAGUACAGGAAGUUCACGUCCGCCAGUGAUGUUUGGAGCUACGGCAUCGUCAUGUGGGAAGUCAUGUCCUAUGGAGAGAGACCUUACUGGGACAUGACCAAUCAAGACAGCCUCAUAGCAACCCUUAGAGAUCUGUGUCUCCCCCUGCAGGUGAUCAAUGCCAUAGAGCAGGACUACCGGCUGCCCCCUCCCAUGGACUGCCCCUCGGCCCUGCACCAGCUCAUGCUUGACUGCUGGCAGAAGGACCGUAACAACCGGCCCAAGUUCAGCCAAAUUGUCAACAACCUGGACAAGAUGAUCCGCAACCCCAACAGUCUGAAGGCCAUGACCCCGCUGUCUUCAGGUGUCCAUCUUCCUCUCCUGGACCGCAGUGUUCCAGACUUCUCCAGCUUCAGUACUGUGGACGAGUGGCUGGAUGCCAUCAAGAUGGGCCAGUACAAAGACAACUUUGCCAACGCUGACUUCACCAGCUUUGAUGUGGUUUCCCAGAUGACCAUGGAUGACAUCCUGAGUGUGGGCGUGACGUUAGCAGGCCACCAGAAGAAGGUCCUGAACAGUGUACAGAUGAUGCGCGCCUCCAUGAACCAGAUCCAGUCUGUGGAAGUUUGACCAUCCAGAGUGGAGAGGAGAGGAGAGGAGAGGAGAGGA